UUACAGCGCACCAUUCACGCAAUGUAAACAAACAAUGGCGGCUCGCUGAGUACACGGAGUCCUAGUUUUCCUCAUCUACUUUGUACUUCAUGAUCAACAAACAAACAAAAACAAAAUAAUACUUUAAUAGCAUUGAUAAACCUGUGAUGGAAACGUAAGUCAUCAACAUCUAAUAAUUCACGCAAGAGGCACUUUGGGAGACGAUCGCUUGUUUGCCCGGACCGACAGCAUCAAGUUUCUGUCAUGAUAACACAUUGACCCCAGGGGAUCUUAUGAAAAACUUUACAUUAUUUUAAACAAAGUCAACGAAAAUCGAGCAGGACCAAAACAUUUUACAGCUGAUCGCUGUGAAAAACGUUAAGCGAAGACGUCAAGUAUAACCGCAGCAAUGACAGUGUUCUUAAUAUCACAAACUGGAUGCUAUUUCUGAGGAGAAAAACUGGAGAAACAGUGGUUCUGUCACAGCUCACCAAACCAUACAGGAAAAAAGAUGGAAUAAAGAUGAUGACAUCCCCCUCACAAAAAAUGUGAUUGCUUUAAGAGACCAUCUCAGGAUGGUAGAAGAUGAAGCAAGAAAGGAAUUGACAGAACAAAUGGAUUUAGAUGCAUACAAAACAUUAAACGAGUCCGUUCUAGCACAGGUCAUUAUCUUCAACAAGCGGCGUGAAGGGGAAGCAUCACGCCUUACUCUUGACGUUUACAUGAAAGCAAGCACAAGUGCCAUAAACGAGGACAUUUAUAAAACCUUGUCACCAUUGGAAAAGCAGCUCAGCAAGUUAUUAACUCGCAUAGAAAUCAGAGGAAAACGAGGAAAGAAAGUUCCAGUUUUCUUGACAAAGAGAAUGAAGGCAUCAAUUGAUUUGUUGGUUCAAAAGCGAGUGGAAGCUGGUGUACCUGCUGAAAAUCCCUAUCUCUUUGCAAGACCCGGUGUGAUGACAAACAUACGCGGAUGUGACUGUCUGCGGAAAUAUGCAAAAAAAAGCAAAGCAGAAAACCCUGAACUCUUGAGGUCAACUAAAUUAAGAAAACAAGUUGCCACACUCUGCCAACUCUUGGACCUUAGUGAACAAGAACUGGAGCAAGUUGCAAGGUUCAUGGGACAUGAUAUCAGAGUUCACGGUGACUUUUAUAGGCAAACGGACAAAACAUUUCAAAUUGCCAAAAUAAGUAAGCUUCUGUUUGCAAUGGAGCAAGGCACUCAGACUUUAAGGGGGAAGAACCUUAAUACACUUGCACUGGCCUGUGGUGAAGGUCCCACACUGAAUUCUGUGGGUGUCUCACCGAGAACAAAGAGAAAGAGAGUAAAGCUGGCUGAGGAUGGAGGUUCUGAUCUCUCCUCCGCUGAAAAGACACGUCAAUCAUGCCGUGAAGCUGAUGGUUCAGAUGUAGAUGAUGAUUGUUCAGGAGCAAACCUGAAGAAAAACCCCACACCAAAUAAGAAAAGACGACGACAGACCAAGAGUGAGGAAACAAAGUAUGGAGGUUCUGAUCUCUCCUCCCCUGAAAAGAGACUUAAAUCAUGCCGUGAAGCUGAUGGUUCAGAUGUAGAUGAUGAUUGUUCAGGAGCAAACCUGAAGAAAAACCCCACACCAAAUAAGAAAAGACGACGACAGACCAAGAGUGAGGAAGCAAAGGAUGGAGGUUCUGAUCUCUCCUCCCCUGAAAAGAGACUUAAAUCAUGCCGUGAAGCUGAUGGUUCAGAUGUAGAUGAUGAUUGUUCAGGAGCAAACCUGAAGAAAAACCCCACACCAAAUAAGAAAAGACGACGACAGACCAAGAGUGAGGAAACAAAGUAUGGAGGUUCUGAUCUCUCCUCCCCUGAAAAGAGACUUAAAUCAUGCCGUGAAGCUGAUGGUUCAGAUGUAGAUGAUGAUUGUUCAGGAGCAAACCUGAAGAAAAACCCCACACCAAAUAAGAAAAGACGACGACAGACCAAGAGUGAGGAAACAAAGUAUGGAGGUUCUGAUCUCUCCUCCCCUGAAAAGAGACUUAAAUCAUGCCGUGAAGCUGAUGGUUCAGAUGUAGAUGAUGAUUGUUCAGGAGCAAACCUGAAGAAAAAACCCACACCAAAUAAGAACAGACGGCGACAGACCAAGAGUGGGGAAGCAAAGGAUGGAGGUGCUGAUCUCUCCUUCCUUGAAAAGCGACUUAAGUCAUGCCGUGAAGAUGGUAGUUCGGAAUCAGAUGUAGAUGAUGAUUGUUCAGGAGCAAACCUGCUGAAAAAACCCACACCAAAUAAAAACAUAGGACGACAGACCAAAAGUGCCAAAGUGUCGGCCAAGGUAAAUGUGAAGAGACCAUGGAGUGAGGCAGAGAGGAGUGCAGUACACAAACACUUGGCCAAGUUUAUAGCCGAGCGCAGAGUUCCUGGAAAACUGCCAUGCAUGAAGUGCAUAGAGGAAGAAGAAGCCCUAAAUGAACGAUCUUGGAAGGAUGUGAAGAAUUUUGUGUACAACACAAUUGUAACUCUAAAUCGGAGAUCUGCUUCAAGAAAACUAAAAUUUUAAAGGCAAAAUGUGGUGUUCAUCUCAAUCUCUCUUUUUCUGUUUCUCACUUUUCCUUUUUUUUUGGUUUUAACAUUUUGUUGUAACGUUUACUGUUUUCUGAAAUUGUUAAAAUAAAUGUUCAUCUGGUUACUGCA